AUGUUAAAAGUUUCUAUGUUAUACUCUUAUAAGACUGACAAGGGAUGGUAUAGAAGAGCUCUCGUCAACUCCCAUAACAAAUUUUCACCAUUCAAAAUUUAUUCUGCCGAACCAGGUGAACUAAUUGAAGUAAAUAUCACAUUAAACAUCAAAAUAGCCAGAGAUUUUUAUUCUGCCAAAGAAAAAGAAAUUCAAACAGAAUUUACAAAUAAAGAUAUUAUAAAUAAUAGAACUUAG